AUGCUGCGCGUGCUUGGUUUAUCUUUGUUUGUCUUUGUUGCUGGCGUUAACGCCAGUUGUGCUUGUUACGAAAAAGGAACCCGUGUUGGUAGAUCAGCUCCAAUCAGCAGUGCUUAUGAUAGUAACACUUUCAUGAUAUGUUACACCAAUCCAUGUGGUUUUGUUGCUGAGAGCAGUGAUAAAAAUUUUGGAUGGACUCAUUUGUCGCUUCGCUGGGGGUCAACCUCGAACUCGAAUGGAACUAUUUCAAUUUACGAUGGAACCGAUGACAAGGGAAAACCAAUUAUCGUAGUUCAUGAAGGAGAGGAUGUCAUCGAUGGAAGCGAGAAGAGCAGAAUUCAAAGUACCUCCUUUAGCAUUUACGUCAAAUACCAGCAAGAUGGAACUGAGCCAAAUGUCUACUAUGGAACAAUCAAAUCUAUCGCUCCACUCGGGAAAAACUAA